UUAUAAAACCUAAAAAUUAUUCUAGGUGUUCGAGUAAUGCCAAAGAGGCAUUACCAACUAAACAUGGUGAAGGGUUCAUAGUUAAAAAAAAGUUUAUUCGAUUAAUAAUUUUUUCACUGAUUUAUGAAAAAAAAAUAAAAAAAGAUUUAUGAAAAACUAGAAUUGAAAUCUAUAGUCUCAGGUCAUUCAAACUGUUGAUAGGUUUCUAUAUUCAAAAUAUACCACUUAUAGAAGUUUUAUUCUGGAGAUAACUCUCACAUGACUAGAUUCACAGAACCCUAUCAUGCAAUCCUAUCAAGAGUGUAUAUAUAAGCACUCUCUGUAGCGUCUAACAUAUCACAUACAAAUCCGCAAACACCUCUAGCUUUCUUUCAAAAUUCUCCACUUUCUCUUGAUUACCAUAAUGGAUCCGAGUGAUCAAGCAGACAGAAUCUCAAAUCUACCAGAUAUUCUUUUGGUCCUCAUCAUUUCAUGCUUAUCUUUCAAGGAAUGUGUUCAAACCAGUUGCCUUUCCAAGCGGUGGAGAUCUGUCUAUCUUGAGACGAGGAAUGUUUCUUUCAAGGAAUCCGACUUCUUGAGCCCUUCUGUCUACGCAAAUCCCAUAAGUUGGAUUAGGGCGAGGGAUGCGUUUGUUGAUUACGUGUGUAGCUGGGUCGCUAGAAUCGAUGAUCAACACAUCGAUACAUUCGGGAUUUCUGUCUCGUAUCCAAAGACUUACUUGGAUGUGAUCGAGUCCCUGAUAGCGUUCGCGGUCCGAAAAAGAGUCAAGGCCUUGGUUCUUGAUUUCUCAAACCCGGCAUGGACAACCUUUCAUGAUGUCAACCUUGAUGAGUUGGUUGUUGAAAUCCCCCAAAGCGUCUAUGAUCUAGCGACUCUCGAGUCGUUGAAACUUGGAGCGGUUAAGCAGUUUGACCCAACAAAACUAUCAAACCCAGGGAAGCUCAAAACCGUCUCUUUCGGCUGGAUGGUACUGACGAAUUUUGAACCUUUGCUAAAGACUUCAAGGUUUGAGAGUUUAACUAUCAAUGGCUGCCGGGAACUUGAUUUCGAUACGAUAGAAGGGAAUAUGAGGAAAGUUGCAAUCAAAAACUGCGACUUUUCCAUUAACUGCACCUUUGACCUCCCUAGAGUUGACAUACUCAAGUACUCUGGAGAUCUUUUCCGCUUCGAAUUCGAUAAUAUGAAUACCAUCAUAAGCGAAGUUGAAUUUGAUUUCCGGGUGUUGGACAAUAACAAUGAUGAAUCAAAUGAUUCGACCACCGCAGAAGGAGGCAUGCUUUGUCAUCUCCUUAACAAUCUCCUUGAUGAUGGUGGUCGAACUGCUACGACCUUAACGGUCUGUCCGUUUCUACUCAAGGUAUGUAUUUAGAUUUACAUUACAUUUUCACACAUUAGGUCACUCAGUGUAAGUUCAUUUUAAUUCAUGGUUCUUUGAAUUUUUUGAAUACUUUGCCAUGUGGUAGUAAUUGUACCUAGUGAAAAGAAAUUAUGUUGAAUAUUUAGAUGUUGUAUAAACAGAUUAGAUAUUAGUAGUUUGUGAAAUUUAUUAGGUUAAGUGUGUGUGUGUGUGUUAGUAUUUGUGAAAUAUAGUAUUGAGAGUUUUGUAGAAAUGAUAUUUUGAGAAAAAAAAAUCAAUGAGAUUUUUUCUGUUAAAUAGAAAAUAGUUUUCUUAAAAAUGUUUUUUGAUAUUUCUAUACUUUUAUAUAUAUU